GCCUUUUCUCCCGCCGCGGUUCCGACUCGUAGCUGCUGCCGCCUGUUCCCGGCCUGUCUCUGCCACCGCCAUGAAGCUGCUGAGCGCGCUGCUGCCGCCGCUGCUGGGCCUGGCGCUGCUGGGCCUGGCCCGGCCGGGCCGCGCGGAGGCGGAGGCGGACGCGGCGGCGGAGGCGGAGGAGGAGGACGGGGUGUUGGUGCUGCGCGCGGCCUCCUUCGAGCGCGCGCUGGCGGCCCACAAGCACCUGCUGGUGGAGUUCUAUGCCCCGUGGUGCGGCCACUGCAAAGCGCUGGCCCCCGAGUACGCCAAGGCUGCGGCCACGCUGAAGGCUGAUGGCUCCGAGAUCCGGCUGGCCAAGGUGGACGCCACAGAGGAGUCGGAGCUGGCCCAGCAGUUCGGGGUUCGGGGCUACCCCACUAUUAAAUUCUUCAAAAAUGGAGACAAAUCUGCCCCCCGAGAGUACACAGCUGGCAGAGAAGCUGAUGAUAUUGUAAACUGGCUGAAGAAACGCACUGGUCCAGCUGCCACUACCCUGGCAGAUGUUGCUGCAGCUGAGGCACUAGUGGAUUCCAGUGACGUCACUGUGAUUGGGCUCUUCAAGGAUGUGGAGUCAGAGGCUGCCAAGCAAUUCUUUCUGGCAGCUGAGUCCAUUGAUGACAUUCCUUUUGGGAUCUCUUCCAGCAGUGAUGUCUUCUCCAAAUACCAGCUCAGCAAAGAUGGUGUUGUCCUUUUUAAGAAGUUUGAUGAAGGUCGCAACAACUUUGAAGGUGAUCUUACAAAAGAGAACUUGCUGAACUUCAUCAAGUCUAACCAGCUGCCUCUGGUCAUCGAGUUCACUGAACAGACUGCUCCUAAGAUCUUUGGAGGAGAGAUCAAGACUCACAUCCUGCUGUUCCUGCCAAAGAGUGUUGCUGACUAUCAAGGGAAACUAGACAACUUCAAGACAGCAGCUGGAAACUUCAAAGGAAAGAUCCUGUUCAUCUUCAUAGACAGUGACCAUAGCGACAACCAGAGGAUCCUGGAGUUCUUUGGCCUAAAGAAGGAGGAGUGCCCAGCUGUGCGCCUCAUCACUUUGGAGGAGGAAAUGACUAAAUACAAACCUGACUCAGAUGAACUGACAGCAGAGAAGAUCAAGGAGUUCUGCGACCAGUUCCUGGAGGGCAAAGUCAAGCCCCACCUAAUGAGCCAGGAUUUGCCUGAUGACUGGGACAAACAGCCUGUCAGAGUUCUGGUUGGAAAGAACUUCGAAGACAUUGCUUUUGAUGAGACCAAGAAUGUGUUUGUGGAGUUUUAUGCUCCCUGGUGUGGUCACUGCAAACAAUUGGCUCCUAUCUGGGACAAACUGGGAGAGACUUACAAGGACCAUGAGAACAUUGUCAUUGCCAAGAUGGACUCAACAGCUAACGAAGUGGAGGCAGUGAAAGUCCACAGUUUUCCCACACUCAAGUUCUUCCCUGCAGGCCCUGGCAAAAACGUCAUAGACUACAAUGGGGAGAGGACGCUAGAAGGCUUCCAGAAGUUCCUGGAAAGUGGAGGCCAGGAUGGUGCUGGGGAUGAAGAGGAUCUGGAAGACUUGGAGGCUGAUGAGAUUGAUCUUGAGGAAGGUGAAGAGGACCAGAAGAUCCACAAAGAUGAACUGUAAAGAAGAGACUCAAAUCUGCAUAUCCCAAAGAGCAGACACUACACUGGCUGCCCUGUCACAGGGCCUAGCGAGUCCAGAAACCCAUUCAGAUUUAAACUAGAAGGAGUGUUGGCUGGAAAUGCAGGGAUUGGUUUAAAGUAACACUUCAUCCUAACUUGUCUGUGCACUUGACUGUCUCCUCUUAUUUUUCAGUUCUGAAAAGGGAUCUGUCGCUAGGUAGCUGCCCAGGCACCUGGGCCUCUUAUUUUUUUUAUUGUGAUGUACUUUUUUGUACAUGGAUUUGUUCCAAGUGUUCUGUUCUUUUGGGUAGAAGUGGGCUGUGAAAUGGCAGGAAGUCUCCUUGCCUGACAUUUCAGAGCCUCACCAGUAAUGCCUCCUAGGAAAGCUUAGUUUUCUCUUCUAAAUCUAAAGGCCAUAACUACUCUCCACCUGGCAGUGCCCUAACCAUUGUCUCAGCUGUUCUUCCUUGGAAUUGCCAUCUUUCAGUGUGUGGGGGGAGGAAAAACCACUAACCUGACUUCAGGGGUCCUGGGGCGGGGGAGUGGGCAGAUGUUUCCCCUUUAACAGAUCAUUGUGUGGCUGAAGGGCUCAUUUGCCUUUUGCUUUGAAAGAUGAAUGGAGAUGACUGUUCCAAAGAUCAGGAAGGGUGGAACAUUCUGCCAGCAUUGGCUGUGGCGGGCUCUGGGGAGGGAAGCCCCAACUGCUGGCUCACCCAUGUAGACAGGACCUAGUGGCAUUGCCACAUCUCCCUGAUCAAACAAGGCUCUGUUCCUCAAUCAUUUUCUGUGCAUUUUUUUGUGAAUGGGUUUCCUGGGCAGACAAGGUGCAUGGGGGCCUGAUAGAAUGCAGCAAACAGGACACUUCUGAUUACUGGGUUGUAGGGAUGGGGGCUUGGGAAUGGGAGUGCUGUGAAAGUCUGAGCGAAAUCAGGCUUGUUCUAUGCAUUCCACCACAAUGUUGGAGCUGAACUUGUUGGCCAAAUAAAGUUGAGAUUUUAAUACUA